AUGUGCUUGUGUGCCACAGGAGGGCGCCGUCUCAGGGCUCCGGAGCCGGGGACACACGACGACUCGACAUGUGAGGACUCGUCUCAGUUCACAGAGGGGGAGAGGCCACGCCCACAGGGUUCAUCUCCGGUCGACGAGUUUCCAGAAGACCAUAUUUACGACAGCGACAAAGAGUUUGAGGCAGAUCAUGACUCGUUUCCAAAAGGAAAGAAGUCCAAGAGAUCCGGGCUAGGCGCCAUCUUUGACAAACGCUCCACUCCCAAGAUGAGCAAGCUCAAGGAGAAGUCCAGCCCUGAGUCUGCGGUGCUGGUGCAGCUGGCCCGGGACGGGGGGGCCGAGGGGCUGGUGUACGGAGGGGGGGGGCGGGACGGCAUCUUCAUCAAAGAAGUGGUGCCCGAGUCCCCCGCCUUCAGGAACCUGCACCUCAGAGAAGGUCAGUCCCUUUAA